UAUAGCAUAAAAACAGCCUACAGUUAACUACAGUGCACUGCCAAUGAAGCAUACAGGAUGAAUGGGACCGCUUAUUCCAACUUUGACAACCAGGAACAUGUUCUGAAACUCGGAGAGACAUUUGAGAAACACCCUAAAAGUGCCUACCACACCGUCAGAUAUGACUUCAAACCAGCAUCCAUUGAUACAUCAUGCGAAGGGGAGCUUGAAGUGGGCAAAGGAGAGCAAGUCACUAUUACUCUGCCUAAUUUAGAGGGCUCAAGUGCUCCAGUUACAGUGUUUAAGGGAUCUAAGAGGCCUUACAUGAAGGAGUGCAUCCUUAUCGUGAACCAUGACACAGGAGAGUACAGGCUAGAAAAACUUAACAGCAAUAUAGCUGUGAAGAAGACAAGGGCUGAAGGUAGUAGUAAAAUUCACUCUCGCCUGGAGCAACAAACAAGUCGCCUGAGCCAGCAGAUGAAGGGAAACAACAAUGGUGCUAAUAAGUCCUCAACGAGCUCCAAGGGCUCUCCUCCCAAAGAGAAGACUUCUCCAGUAUCUCCAAUGGAUGACAUUGAAAGAGAAUUAAUGGCAGAGGCUCGAGUCAUGGAUCAGCUGAGCAGCAGUGACAGCUCCUCAGACUCAAACAACUCGUCAUCUAGCAGCGACGACAGUUCCAGUAGCAGCGACUCAGAAGAUGAACGUAAUCCCGCCCCGACCAACCCGAGCAUGCCUUUGAUCAACUCCAGCACUGGUGCAACAAGUCUCCCCCAGGAGAGUGGAGGAGGACUCAUCAUGAACACACUAAAGAACGACCUCCAGCUGAGUGAAUCAGGCAGUGAAAGUGACUGAAGAAGACCCAUCAGGGAGCCUGUCUGUUUUCUGCCACCAAUAAAGUGAUUUUUUUUUUUUUUUAUUAUUAUUUUACAUAUCCACAGCUGUCAGUGAUGCUGCUUUCUAACAUUUCAUCAGACCUUUCUCAUGUGAAAGGUCUACAUAUGUGAAGCCUUAUUUUUUAAGUGAUUAGGUGCUUUAAUAGAAACUAAAAAUUAGUUUUGCAUUGUUUCACUUAAUGCCUAUACUAAAUAGAGAAAGGAAAUACCAAAGACUUAAUGUGGGGGGAAAAAACAAUUUGUGCAAUGAUGUGGCUGUCUUUAACCAUCUACUGCAUAUCAGCCUAAUGAUGUCAACUACCACUGCUGUGCCUUAUGUUGUACACCAUCUGCUCAUUUCAGCGUGUUUUCCAUGACUCCAUCUGAGUUUAGUUGCAGAGAAUAUGUUCCUGUUACAGUCAGAAGUAGGAUUAACCAGUGAAGUUUUAUUAAACUAAAAAUAUAUAUAUAUUAAGAGAAGCUCAAAGGUGGUCCAGUUCUCAUUGGAGAGUGAGUGGAAAGAAGGGGAAUUUAAAUACAGUAAAUGAAUACUGCACCAUAACUCAGUGGACUUAAGUAAGGUCAUGUUUUGUAGAUUUAAACCUGAAAUACUUGAAUCUAAUUAUUUAUCUUAAUACUUUUCGAAAAGGAAUGAGAGGAUAUUUAUGUUGAGUUUAUUACCCAAGAAAUUUGAAGUGCAGGUUGCAAUUAUGAAGCAGAGCCAGACAGGUGCUGAAACUACUCCUGAGUGAGUCUUUAAGGCUUAACAUUGUCUUUGUUCCUCAGGAAGUUCCUCUAGCCUUCCUCUUUUUUUUUUUUUUUUCUUUCCUUCCUCAAACCCAUUAAUGGCAGCUGGGUUGACUCCGCGAACAGGAUGUUUAUUCCCGAGACACUUUGGCAUCCAACCAUCUGAAUACAGUGAGAGGCUGAGGCAGACAUUUUUGAGAUGAAAAGUCAUAUGUAAAUUUUGCAUAAAGAUCUUUGUCAAAUAUUAAAGGAUUUUAAUUGUU